CUGUGAAGAGAAGUUUCCACUACUCCCUCUCAAAGGGGGAAAAAAUCUACAAAUUUGAAUCUCCGGAUUCCUGUAAAGAUCCCUGACUCUAUUCUAGGAAACCUUCAUUUCAUCGACACAGGCGGGAACUGAAUCAAGUUAAUGGAGACCGUAGCUGAAGAAAAGACAGCGAAGAAGGAGGAGGAAUUUGUGGUUAUGGUGAAUCAAGAUGAGGAUGAGCAUGAUUCCAAGGAGAGGGUGCUUCAGAAGUACUUCCUUCAAGAAUGGAACCUAGUCAAGUCCCUUCUUGACGACAUUGUUUCAAAUCGCCAUGUCUCCGAUCCUUUUUCAGUUCACAAAAUCCGAUCCAUUUUGGAUAAGUAUCAGGAGCAGGGUCAGCUUCUUGAACCUUACCUGGAAAGCAUAGUUUCCCCACUGAUGUACAUUGUUCGUUCAAGAACAAUUGAACUUGGUGUAGAUUCAGUUGAAAUUCUUGAAAUAAUCAAGCCAAUAUGCAUCAUUAUCUAUUCAUUAGUCUCAGUUUGUGGAUAUAAGACCGUAAUCAAGUUCUUCCCACAUCAAGUUUCUGAUCUAGAACUUGCUGUAUCUCUCUUGGAGAAGUGUCAUUACAUGAGUUCAGCAACAUCGUUGAGGCAAGAAAGCACAGGAGAGAUGGAAGCUAAAUGUGUGAUGCUAUUGUGGCUUUAUAUACUUGUAUUAGUUCCUUUUGACAUCUCCACUGUGGACACCAGUAUUGCCAACAAUACCAAUCUCAAUGAUCUCGAGCUUGCCCCUCUCGUGUUGAGAAUUUUAGGGUUUUGUAAGGAUUACCUCUCAACUGCAGGGCCUAUGCGCACAAUGGCUGGACUAGUGCUCUCUAGGCUUCUAACACGUCCAGACAUGACCAAGGCUUUUGUGAGGUUCGUUGAUUGGACACAUGAAGUCUUGUCUUCUAUAACAGAGGACCUCCUGCACCAUUUCCAAUUACUUGGCGCUGCUGAAUCAUUGGCUGCCAUUUUUAAGGCUGGUAGUCAUAAACUCUUGCUUGAUGUAAUUCCUGUUGUUUGGAAUGACACUUUGACACUAUACAAGUCCUCAACUGCAGCACGAAGUCCUUUGCUUCGCAAGUAUCUGAUGAAGCUAACUCAGCGAAUUGGGCUUACUGCCCUUCCUCAUCGUUCGCCUUCAUGGCGUUAUGUGGGAAGAAGCACCUAUCUAAAUGUUACUUUGAAUGAAACUGGUCAAAUUGAACAGUACAAUCAUGUUGUGAAUGAUGACCCCUCUAACUUAACCAAAGUUAUUGAUGUGGCACAAGAUGAAGAAGAUAUGGAUGUUCCAGAAAUUGUUGAGGAGAUCAUUGAGAUGUUGCUGUCUGGUUUGAGGGACAUGGAUACUGUUGUCCGUUGGUCUGCAGCUAAAGGUAUAGGCCGCAUAACUUCACGUUUGACAUCUUCCCUUGCUGAGGAGGUUUUAUCAUCUGUUUCUGAGCUGUUUUCACCUGGUGAGGGUGAUGGUUCAUGGCAUGGAGGUUGUCUAGCUUUGGCUGAACUUGCUCGUAGAGGCCUGCUCUUGCCUGCUUGCCUUUCCAAAGUUGUUCCUUUUGUUGUGAAGGCCCUACAUUAUGAUGUUCGGAGAGGUCCGCAUAGUGUUGGAUCUCAUGUACGUGAUGCUGCUGCAUAUGUGUGUUGGGCAUUUGGACGUGCAUAUUAUCAUGAAGAAAUGAGAAACAUUUUAGAACAUCUUGCUCCACACCUCCUAACAGUGGCAUGCUAUGACCGUGAGGUUAACUGCAGAAGAGCAGCAGCUGCUGCUUUUCAGGAGAAUGUUGGAAGACAAGGGAAUUAUCCACAUGGCAUUGACAUAGUUAAUGCUGCAGAUUAUUUUUCACUUGCUUCGCGAGUAAACUCUUAUCUUGAUGUUGCUGUCUUCAUUGCCAAAUAUGAAGGAUAUCUUUUCCCAUUUGUGGGUGACCUACUUGAUAGAAAAAUCUGUCACUGGGAUAAAGGAUUGCGAGAACUUGCUGCAGUGGCCCUUUCAUCUCUUGUGAAAUAUGAUCCUGAGUAUUUUGCAAGUGUGGCCAUGGAAAAGUUAAUUCCUUGCACUCUUUCAUCCGAUCUAUGCAUGCGCCAUGGUGCAACAUUAGCAAUUGGUGAACUUGCAUUAGCUCUACAUAAAUGCAAUUAUGCUCUUUCCUCAGAUAAGCAGAAAACCCUUGCUGGUGUAGUUCCAUCUAUUGAGAAAGCAAGACAUUAUCGCGGAAAAGGAGGAGAGAUAAUGCGGGCAGCUGUUUCACGUUUCAUCGAAUGCAUCUCCAUAUUUAACAUAAGAUUAUCAGAAAAGAUAAAAAGAAGCUUGCUUGACACUUUGAAUGAGAAUUUGAAACAUCCUAAUUCUCAGAUACAGAAUGCUGCUGUUAAUGCCCUGAAAUACUUUGUCCAAGCAUAUCUGCUUGAUGUGGAUGAGAAAGUUAUGGGUGAUGUUAUAUCAAAGUACCUCAAUAUGUUAAAUGAUCCAAAUGUUGCUGCAAGGAGAGGAUCCGCACUGGCAAUAGGUGUUUUGCCAUUCAAAUUUUUAUCCAGUAGGUGGAGAAAUGUGCUUUUGAAACUCUGUGGCUGUUGCACGAUUGAGGAAAAACCUGAAGAUAGAGAUGCUGAAGCACGUGUAAAUGCUGUUAAAGGGCUUGUAGCUGUAUGUGAAAUAUUAAUUAAUGGAAGAACAGAUUCUGUUACCUCUCACAUGGAGGAGGACUUCUCCUUGUUUCUUUUGAUAAAAAAUGAAGUUAUGAUGGCUUUGUUUAGAGCUCUAGAUGACUAUUCUGUCGAUAACAGAGGUGAUGUGGGCUCUUGGGUUCGUGAGGCUGCAUUAGAUGGACUAGAGAAAUGUACAUACAUGCUCUGUAAGAGAGACUUGGCUUGUUUGAGUGGAAGAUCAGAAAAUAAUUCUACUGGAUCUGUAAAGCAGCAGUUUACUAAUGACAUUGUUAAGGACAAUGAAGAUUUUCCAUUGUUUGAUGAAAACCUUGCUACCUGUUUGAUUGGAGGAAUUGGUAAACAAGCUGUGGAAAAGAUGGAUAAGCUAAGAGAAGCAGCUGCAAACGUUCUUUACAGAAUUUUAUACAACCAGUUGGUUUAUAUUCCUCACAUUCCUUUCAGGGAUAAGCUUGAAGAAAUUGUUCCUAGGGAAGCAGAUGCAAAAUGGACGGUUAGUGUGGCCCCCACCUACUCAUAUCCACGCUUUGUACAGUUACUUCAAUUCAGUUGUUAUAGUAGACAUGUGCUAUCAGGUUUAGUUGUAUCAAUAGGUGGGUUGCAGGAUUCCUUGAAGAGGGUGUCACUCUCCGCACUGUUAGAUUAUCUAGAAGGGUCAAUAACCAGGCAGUACAUGCUUUCUGGUGACAUUCUGUGGGUUCUUCAGCAAUACACGAAAUGUGACAGGGUCAUAAUACCCACUCUGAAGACCAUUGAGAUCCUUUUCAGCAAAAAGAUAUUCUUUAAUUUGGAGGCUCACACGACAACUUUUUGUUCUGGCGUUUUGGAUUCCUUAGCGGUUGAAUUGAAGGGAUCAAAGGACUUCUCUAAGUUAUAUGCUGGUAUUGCAUUACUUGGUUAUGUAGCUUCAGUGCCAGACCCAAUCAAUACUCGGGCUUUUUCUCAUCUUCUUACCUUUCUUGGUCAUCGGUUUCCUAAGAUUCGGAAAGCUUCAGCGGAACAAGUAUACCUUGUCCUCCUGCAAAAUGAGAGUCUUGUUGGGGAAGAUAAGAUCGAGAAAGCACUUGAAGUUGUUUCGGAUACUUGCUGGGAUGGUGACAUGGAUACAGCAAAACAUAAAAGAUUAGAAUUGUGUGAUUUAUUAGGUUUGGAGGUGGAGCCGAGUGGCGAUGGAGCAUCGAGUAAAAGUAGCAGCAGCAGCAGCAAGAAGCGUGUAGAUUUGGAUGAAAAUGCUUCGUAUUCUUCCUUAGUUGAGUCAUCUGGCUUCUGAUUUUUGCGAUAUAUAUACUGUGUCUGAUUUUGCGGUUACAUCCUUUCCUACUAGAUUUUGAUAUGAUUCACUGUUCAGAAUUUGCAGUUGCCAAAUGCUAGCGAUUUUAUUUGUUGUAAACCAGUCAUAGUGUUCAAGAGUGCUAUACUUUUAUUGGA